GCGCAAUACAACGUCAUCGGGAUGCUGUUCCUUGGCUUUGUUGAUUGGAUUAUUUUGGUUGUAACAGCAAUUGCUCUGCUGUACUUCUACGCGUCAAGGCACCGGAACUACUGGAAGGACCAAAAUGUCGUCCAUGAAAAGUAUUCUUUGAUAUUAGGACCCAUCAGUCGAUUCUUCUUCAAACCUUUCCAUAUGAUGAACCAUGAACGAUACAUCAAGUACGGGAGAUUGUUUGGGGUCUUCGAGGGCAGCCAACCGGUACUGGUCGUUGCGGAUCCCGAGCUGGUCAAGCUGGUGUUGGUUAAGGACUUUACCAGUCUGCCGGACAGAAGGCCCAUCCCGUUCGUUCAACCUCUGCUGGAAGAAAUGAUGGCCUUCGUCACUUUGAAGAAAUGGAGGAAACUGCGCCCCUCGGCGAGUCCAGCAUUUGCCUCGGGAAAGCUGCGCAAGAUGUACCCACGGAUAAAUGACAGCAUCCGUGCUACGGUUACGUUUCUUAAGGAGGCUGCUGAAAAGGACACAGAAGUGGACAUAAGAACCUUGUUCUCCAAUUACGCCCUCGACGCCAUUGCCAGAUGCGCCUUCGGCACGAAAAUGGAGUCUCAUCUCAAAGAGGUCGACGAUUUCGCCGCCAAAAACAAGUCCUUUUUCGCUGCUCCCCAGGCUCUUUCCGGCGUCAUUUCGCUGUUGCUCCCUAGUCUGGCGAAGCUCUUGCGGCUAGAUGCCCUCAAAUCCGAUAGGCUGCCUUAUUUCAUGGCCCUCUCGGAAUCGAUCAUAAGGGAGCGAAAACACCAAGAAAACAGACAAGAGGACUUCUUACAACUCAUGAUGGACGUGCAAGAAGAGACCAGUUCCUCUGGCGCUGAUUCCCAAACUGACGACAGACUUUUCAAUCCGGAGUCCGGCUCCAAAGCCUUUUCCAUGGGCAGAAGAAGGGCCUUGACGAAAAGCGAGGCGCUUGCCCAGUGCAUCAUGUUCUUUCUCGCUGGCCGCGACACGUCUGCGACGUUGCUGGCACAUGCCAUCUACAUGCUCGCCCUGCACCCCGAAGCCCAAGCAAAGCUGAGGAAAGAGGCGGACGAAUGCUUCGAGAAACACGGAGAAGAGUUAACAAUGGACGUGGUUGCAAAGCUCAAGUACGUUCGUGGGGUGGUUUCGGAGACUCUCCGGAUGCUGCCACCUGCAACCAGACUCGAACGAUUAGCUGCGGAAGACUACGUUCUCGGCGACACAGGCAUCAGGGUUCCCAAAGGGUGCAUCAUCGCGAUUCCCAUCUACUCGAUGCACCAUGACCCGGAGUACUUCCCCGAUCCCUUCGCUUUCAAACCAGAAAGAUUCAUCGGCGAGAAUAUCGAGUCAAUUCGUCCGUAUACCUACCUACCGUUCGGGGCUGGUCCUAGGAACUGCAUCGGCGACCGGUUCGCCCUGGAAGCCAUCAAGAUUGCCCUGCUUCACGUGGUCCGAAGCGUCGAAUUCUACCGUAGCCAAAACACUCGGGUUCCUUUGGAAUUUCUUUAUCGCCUUAGACUGCUCCAAGCCAAGGACGUCACUGUCGGAAUUCGGAAGAGGCCAGUGCAACUUGCCGAAACCGGGUUGUAG